CAAUUUUUGAAUCUAACCGGCGCAUUCACGCGUGGUCAUCUGACGCAACUGUUUGCAAAGCUGACGCUACGAGUAACAGAGGUUAACCAAGAUCAUGUCACUUAUUGCAUCCGUUAAUUAUUGCAUGACGAAGAUCGACACUGGUCAUUAAAAAAAUAAGCCUAUCGUUCUGUCACGUGUGCUAUCUUCUUGUUAUUUUGCAAUGUCAGUCGUGACUCGUUUCACGAGGAAAGCGUCCGGUUAACGAUUAGGAAAACCACGUGCCUUGCUAUCUAUUUAAAUUGAAAAAGGAUGGUCGAGAUGAAUAAACUGAGCAGCAUUCCACCGAACAUGGACUUGGAUGAUCCACGCUUUCGUAUCAGGCCGUAUCAACAAAUCGUAGCUUCAUGUACUGGUGCAUUCAUCACAUCGGUAUUCGUCACUCCCUUGGAUGUGGUCAAAAUACGUCUUCAAACACAGCAGAAAGCGAUGCUGUCAAAUAAAUGCUUUGUAUAUUGCAAUGGUUUAAUGGAUCACUUAUGUCCUUGUAACGGCAGGAUGCCUGAAUGGAUGAAGAGAAAUGGGAAAUUUAAUGGAACAGUAGAUGCUUUAUUAAAAAUAAGUAGAACGGAAGGAAUAAUGUCUCUGUGGAGUGGCCUGAGUCCUACUCUUGUUCUGGCGAUACCUGCAACCGUUGUAUACUUUGUUUCAUACGAGCAAUUCAGAUUGUACCUCAAGGAUAAAUACAACAAGGAAAUCAAAAAGAAAGUAACUGGCAGGGAACAACCGUUCUGGAUUCCAACAUUAGCUGGUGCCACAGCUCGGGUAUGGGCCGCGACGCUGGUCAGCCCAUUGGAAUUAAUCAGGACGAAGAUGCAGUCACAGAGGUUGAGUUAUGCAGAAAUAACGCAGGCAUUGAAAACGGUUGUGAAAUACAGUGGCGUGUCCGGUUUGUGGAUGGGACUGGGCUCGACGCUUCUUCGUGACGUUCCUUUUAGCGCGAUAUAUUGGUUGAAUUACGAGACGAUAAAAACGGUGUUCCACAACUCGCCGCAAACUUUCACCUUUCAUCUGGCUGCAGGAGCUACAGCUGGAUCAAUAGCAGCAUUCUUGACUAUUCCAUUUGAUGUAGUAAAAACACAUAAACAAAUCGAGAUGGGUGAGAAAGAGAUUUAUUCAGAUAAACCUAGUCGCAGCAGCACUACAUGGGCCACGAUACAAAGGAUCUAUCAGCAGAAUGGAUUAAGAGGAUUGUUUACGGGAUUAACGCCGCGUUUAGUAAAAGUAGCCCCAGCUUGCGCGAUCAUGAUCGCAACAUUUGAGCACGGCAAGCGUUUCUUCCAAUCUUACAACGCUAGCAAAGCUAUGCAAGUCGAAAUCGAUCACGAUGUGCAUCUAUUGCAGCACAAAUCGAAUAGCACAAAAUAACGCGUUUAUCAAGGCAAAUUGUACAGAUUUUUAAUAAAAAGUUGCGUUGUAAAUUUGAAAUUUUACUACUACGAAUAAAUUUUAACUAGAUGUUU